GUUAUGUUACUGUUAUAUAACAAUAUUACUAUAUUUAUUUACAUUUUUUAUUAUCACUGAUAAGGAAGUACUCCGGAAUUGACACCAUACUCCAAUUAUUCAACCUUAUCAGCUAUUUUCGUAAAUCUAUUCCAACAUUUUCAGCGGUUUUUGAAUUGAAGUGACGUUACUACUUGUGAAACAAUCAUUUUUCCAGUCCUCAAAAAUAUUCAACAGUUUUAUGAUUUAGAUCAGUUUUGAUUGUUAAUAUCGUACAAUAUUACAUCAAAUAUAUAUUACAAUAACUCACUACAAGUCUUGUAAUAUUUAUUGGUUCACGACCUUGAAAUAGUCGCAAUUUAUUGUUGAAAAGUGGUUAUCCUUGUGCAUACAAUACAAUCUAUCAUUACCGGGUGUAUUGAGCAGUUCAAAACUUUACAGCAUUCAGACUCAGUUCUAAUACGGUACUUCAAUUUGUAGCUUCAAUACAGUACUCUGUGAUAAUAUCCCGUGAAGUCAUUGAAUAUUUUUCUCUGCUUCAUUGUGUGUUGUUUUUGUAAAAUACAAGUUUAGCCUACUAAAAAUGGCUCUGGAAGAUUAUAAAGAUCUAGUCGCUACGGUUGCUAGUGUUACAACGAUUGCUCAAUUUUUUUCACCAGUAUUCAUAUGCAAGGAGAUAAUACAGAAAGGCAACACCAAGGAUAUUGACGCCAUGCCUUUCAUACUACUACUACUACUGUCACUACUAAUGUUGCAACACGGGAUGAUACUCAAUGACCCCGCAAUGAUACCCGUAAAUGUUGCCGGUUUCACCCUGAAUUUCACUUAUUUCGCCAUCUACUAUCUGUACUCACACGAGAGGGACUCGCUUCACGGGAAACUGGCCAAGGGUGUGGCAUUGACGGCCAUCUUGAUAAACUACGCCCAACUGGAGAACGAGAAAAAUGUGGAAUUUCGUUUCGGCAUAAUUGUCACUGUUUUAAUGUUGACAUUGAUCGGAGCUCCCCUGUUGCAGCUGGGCGAUAUAAUCAAGAGACGAAGCACUAAGGGUCUACCUUUCCCUCUGAUAUUCUCUGGGACAGUCGUCACAUUUCUAUGGCUUUUGUAUGGAAUUAUCAUCAAGAACGUAUUCAUACAGUUCCAGAACGUGGUUGGGUUUAUUCUGUGUGCCAUUCAGUUAUCGUUGUUCGCCAUUUUCCCAAAUUCAUCAGAAGAUGAAGACAAAAAGGAUAAGAAGAACUGAUAGAAAUGUCGACAAUCGAUCACAUAUAUCGAUAUUCAAACAAUCGACUAUCGAUAAUUUAUGUAUCGACUAUCGAUAAUUUAUGAAUCGACUAUCGAUAAUUUAUGAAUCGACUAUCGAUAAUUUAUGAAUCGACUAUCGAUAUUAAA